AUGUGAUAGUUGUGAGCUCUCGCCUCUGCCUUCGUCCUUGCAAGACGGUCCAUUCUGCAUCACCCGUCCUCUCGCCUGCUUUUCUCUUCUCUGCAUAGCGUACAGUUCACAAAGAACGCUUUGCACUUUCAUCACAGCCAAUUCUUCACGCCGAGCCUACCCACUAUUCCCGACUGCAAGGCGCCUCCAGCCAUCGAGCAUUCUUCGACUUCCGAAUUAUCCGCGCCGCCCAACUCGAGUCCCUCCAAGCCUUCGCUCGCUGAAUCUCGCAGCACAUAUUACUUCUUUCAUGAGCGCCGCCGCCCUCUCGCUGUGACGGCCCUCGACCUCGAUACACACACCGGCUCGUCUACGUCAUGGCCACCACCACCAGCGCCUGGGCUCCCGUCACUUCGGACGCAUACAGCACGCCGACCGCCAACUCUGUCCCCGACUCCUCCUACACAUCCUCUCAAUCUGAUGACAGAAGCUUCGGAGACUUAUACCAAAACUACUUUGCUUUUGUCGCUGUCGUCAUCGUCAUUGCACUUGUUGGAGGCUGCGUCUUCUAUCGUCGCAAGAAACGCAUCAUCUACCGUGCCAGCGUCUCACGCCAAUUGGCCCUGUCGCGUGACAUCGAAGACCAGGGCUUGCGUGCCAACAGAGGCUGGGGUUGGGGUGCUCUGUCUCGUGACUAUUCGAGCGGUCCCACUCCUCGCGGUCAGCCCCUCAGUGCAAGAGCAGGAAUCGGCUUGGCUCCCUGGCGCCGUCGUAGAGAAGAGGAGGGUCUGAACGAAGCUGGUGAAGCUCCUCCCGCUUACAAACCCGCCCCAGACGACAACGACACCGUACUCGAGACUGGCCAGCCUGCUCCUCAGAACGACGCAACCACUCCAGCUGUUCCUCGUCCGACUCUCGGCAGAGAGCACACUGGCCUCAAGCCUCCGGACUAUACCGAAGCCGUCGUCGCACCCGUCAGAGGCUCUUCAAGUAUGACAGUUCCAACCUCGAGCGCUGCAAAUCCUACAACCAUAACCAACGAAGCCGACCCCGAACGUGGCGACCUUCCUGGCUAUGUUGCCAAUACUCACGAACGCAGAUAGCUUCUGCUACGACCUUUUAUACUGUUUUACGUUACUUUUGACACUGCAUUUCCAUUUGACGGCAUAGCGAGGCGCUGGGCUUUCGGGUUUUGGGUAUGACGGGCAUGGCACGGAAAGGGGUUUUGGCAUUGUUUUUACUAUACCCAUCAGGCUUUCUCUCGCUUGUUACAUCCUCUAUUCAGAUGUUGAAUAGACAUGAUCAACAAUAAAUUCUUCUGUUUUCCUAUCCC